AUGUCGUCCCCUAUGUUGAUUGGCGUCUCAUUUGUAAUAACAAAGAAGGGCCUUCAGAAAGCAUCAAAUGGAAAUGGGUGCGCUUCAGACUCUCAUCGCUACCUUAAGAAUCCUGUGUGGUGGAUAGGAUUACUCACGAUGGUUAGUGGAGAGAUAUUAAACUUUGUUGGUUAUACAUUUGCGCCCGCGAUUCUCAUUACCCCGUUGGGUGCCCUGAGUGUUAUUAUUGGUGCCAUUCUUGCGUCAAUAUUCCUCAAAGAACGCCUUGGUCCUACAGGAGUCAUUGGGUGUUUAUUAUCAGUCAUAGGUGCAGUAAUUAUUGUUUUACAUGCACCUGAAGAUCCUGAUGUUCAGAGUGUCCAUGAACUACUGACAUUUAUGCUACGGCCAGGUUUCAUUGUAUAUGCUGUGUUUGCGUCUCUGAUAACCAUCGCGCUUAUAUGGAAGGCUGUACCUCGGUGGGGAAAGACCAAGGUCAUUGUGUAUGUAACGAUCUGUUCUUUGGUGGGGUCAUUGUCAGUGAUGGCUAUAAAGGCCUUUGGUAUCGCUGUUCGACUGACGAUUGGAGGAAAUAACCAAUUCACGCAGCCUUCGACAUAUUUUUUCGCAUUCAUGUGCAUCAUAUUCAUUCUCACCCAAGUCAAUUAUUUUAACAAGGCUCUCGAUGCAUUUUCAACUAAUGUUGUAAAUCCUAUAUACUAUGUGUGCUUUACAACUGCAACUAUUGGCGCAUCCGCAAUAAUGUAUCAAGGAUGGAACAGCGCAAGUCCAAUAAAUACCAUGAGCCUUAUUUGUGGGUUUCUCAUAAUAUUCUCUGGAGUUUAUUUGCUGAAUUCUAUUUCUCACAACCACACCGACGCACCGACCUUACGAUUACUUCCUUUCGGUUCAACGUCUUCGCUCCACCAUUACCUUUCUCAAAUAGACAUCGAAAAAGCAACGAAUAAGAAGCAUAAUGCAACAGUCACUCCAAUCGGCCAACGAGCGCGAUGUAUGUCGAUCUAA